AUGAAAAUGGUCGAGACAAUUCAGCAUUUGUUGGCGCGGCUGAACAUCGAAUUUUACGAUGAUCCUGGUGUUCUGAAAUGGCAGCUACUGAUGAACUUGUUUUCUGAUGCGUGCAAUUUGAUAUCACGUAUUGCGAUAGAGAAAUUCGUCUCGAUACCAAAACUCAAGUAUCCAAUUCUUUAUAGCUUCUGUGCGAAUGUACUACAAACAACGAACAACAUACUACCGACUUUGGUUAUUUUUAUUUUAUAUAUGUUUACUGCUUUGAGAUUUUUUUGUCUGUUAAACCUUCUGGAGCGUGGAACUUUUUAG